CUUAAGGACUUCCCGAGACUUCCAGCUUGCCCUCUGGCGUUCCUCCAAGGUGUGCGUGCACCGAGACUUCUACAGGGUCACGCGGAGGUGAAGAGGAGUCCGAAUUUAGUUCUGAUUGCACUGCGGAACAUUUUAAGAAACGGCCCUGCCUUCGGUUAGUGUUGGUGCCACCGCGAGAGAAAGGAUCAGGCCGGAGCUGCAGCUCAGAGGUUAACAGCACUUGCUGCUCUUGCAGAGGAUCCAGGUUCAGAUUCCAGCACCCGUGUGGUGGCGAGACGACCCAUGUGAGGUCUUGACCCUGUGUCUUGAUAACUGAAUGAACUUAGUUCCUCCUGCAUACCUCAGUGAUCUUACAAAAUGGAGAUGGCAGUGUUACCCGCUUCUAAGGAUAUUAGUAGGAAGUUUAUUGUCUCACACUGUGUGAGCUUACCUCAAGCCUUGCAUACAUAAUUCCUCAGCACAGCUACUCUGCUGAGCGCGAGGAUGAAGCAGUUGCCUGCCGCGACAGUUCGCCUCCUGUCCAGUUCCCAGAUAAUCACGUCAGUGGUCAGCGUUGUGAAAGAACUCAUUGAAAACUCAUUGGAUGCUGGAGCCACCAGCAUCGACGUGAAACUGGAGAACUACGGAUUUGAUAAAAUCGAGGUCCGGGACAAUGGCGAGGGCAUCAAGGCUGUGGACGUCCCUGUGAUGGCUGUGAAGUACUACACCUCCAAGAUAAACAGUCACGAAGACCUCGAGAACCUGACAACCUACGGUUUCCGCGGUGAAGCCUUGGGGUCGAUUUGUAGUGUUGCGGAGGUGGUCGUCACAACAAGGACAGCUGCUGAUGACUUUAGUACCCAAUAUGUUUUAGAUGGCAGUGGCCACAUACUUUCUCAGAAACCCUCACAUCUUGGUCAAGGUACUACGGUAACUGCCCUGAAGCUGUUCAAGAACCUGCCUGUAAGGAAGCAGUUCUACUCAACCACUAAAAAGUGUAAAGACGAACUCAAACAUGUGCAGGAUCUCCUCAUAAGCUACGCUGUCCUUAUCCCUGACCUCAGGAUUAUUUUUAUACAUAAUAAGGCAGUUAUUUGGCACAAGAGUAGAGUACCGGAUCACAGGACGGCUCUCAUGUCGGUUCUGGGGACUGCUGUGAUGGCCAACUUUGACGCUGUUCAGCACCACUGUGAAGAAUCUCAGAUUUACCUAAGUGGAUUCUUCCCAAAACUUGAUGCAGACCACAUUUCCACAAGUCUUUCAAGCCCAGAGAGAAGUUUUAUCUUCAUUAACAGUCGACCAGUACAUCAGAAAGAGAUACUGAAGCUAAUCCGGCGUUAUUAUAAUCUGAAGUGCCUGAAGGAGUCUACUCGGUCGUAUCCCAUUUUCUUUCUGAAAAUUGAUGUUCCUUCAGCUGAACUGGAUGUAAAUCUCACACCAGAUAAAAGUCAAGUAUUAUUACAGAAUAAGGAAGCUGUUUUAAAUUCUCUUGAAAAUCUGAUGGUGACCUGUUACGGACCGCUACCCAGUACAGAGUCUUGUGGAAAUAACAAAGUAGCUGUUUCCACAGCCAACAUGGCUGCUCGUGAGACAGCAGAAACAGAUGUGCCCUUGAAUAAAAUAGAGUCACCUGGAAAUAAUUACCCAAAUGCUGACACUUCGGCUGUCCACUUCCAAAAUGAUGAAUCUAGAAAAAACACUGCUAAUUAUUUAAAUCAGCAGAUAAAUGUAAACGACCCCUGUGAUGGCCAUGUUAGUAGUGAACAGCCUCGCGUUAAUAAGGACACUGGAAGUCCUUUUCAAAGUGUCUCCGUGGAUAGGUCCUCCUCAGAGGCUGUCCAGAGUAAAUACGGCAAGACUAACUCCGCCGGUUCCGGCCAACAUAUCCAAGGAGAAAAUGGCAGGAACGGGACAGAAGAACGUGGCGGAGGUGGGGGAGAAGCGUUUCUCGAAGAAUCUCUGGCAGUCUGUGCUGGUGACUGGAGCAAGGGAAAUGUGUUGAAUGCGGUGGGAGAGAAUAUUGAACCUGUGAGAAUUCUAGUGCCACAGAAAAGUCUAGUGUGUAAAGUGAGCGAUGAUAGUUACCCAGCCCCUGAACCGAAGAAUCUCAGUGAUGGCCCUUGUAGCAAGACAUCCAAUGUAAUAGAUAACAGAUCCGGACAGCUUACAGCCUAUGACUUAAUCAGCAACCGAGCAGUCAAGAAGCCCAUGGCAGCAAGGGCCCUGUUUAUUCAAGAUCGUCGCGCUCAGUUCCUCGCAGAAAAUCCCAAGACUUCUUUGGAGGAUGCAGCGGCACAAAUUGAAGCACUGUGGGAGUCUCUGAGUGAAGAGGAAAAACUGAGGUAUGAAGAAAAGGCUAAAAAAGACUUGGAACGAUACAAUAAUCAAAUGCGGAGAGCUAUUGAACAGGAGCCACAAGCACCCUUAAAAGAUGGCAGAAAAAAGCUAAGGGCCGCCAGUGCAUGGGGCUUGGCCCAGAAGCACAAGCUGAAAGCCUCGCUAUCUAAUCAGCCGAAACUCGAUGAGCUCUUUCAGUCCCAGAAUGAGAAAAGGAAGAGUGAAAACAUUAAAAUAGCCGAGGUCCCCUUUUCUAUGGAGAGCCUAAAAGAGAACUUUAAGAAACAAAAGAACGUUGACUUAGAAGAGAAGGAUGAGAUCUGCCUGAUCCACGGUCUCAAGUUCCCCGAUGCGUGGCUGGUCACGUCCCGAAGAGAUGUCAUGUUACUGAACCCAUACAGAGUGGAGGAAGCCCUGCUGUUUAAAAGACUUCUUGAGAAUCAUAAACUCCCCGCAGAGCCACUGGAAAAACCAAUUAUAUUAACAGAGAGUCUUUUUAAUGGGUCUCAUUAUUUAGAGGUUUUACAUAAAAUGUCGACAGUUGACCAGAGAUGCGGCGGAUCAACUUACCUGAGUGACCCUCGUCUGACAGCAAAUGGCUUCAAGAUCAGGCGGAUACCAGGAGUUUCCAGUACUGAAGACUACUUGGAAAUAGAAGGCAUGGCUAAGUGUCUCCCGUUCUACGGAGUAAUGGAUUUAAAGGAAAUUCUUAAUGCCAUAAUAGACAAGAACGCAAAGGAGCCUUACGAGUGCAGACCCCGGAAAGUGACGAGUUAUCUGGAGGGGGAAGCAGUCCGUCUCUCAAGACAGCUCCCCAUGUACUUACCAAGAGAAGACAUCCAAGAGCUUAUCUAUAGGAUGAUGCGCCAGUUUGGAAGCGAAACCAAAGAGUGUGUUCAUGGCCGCCCAUUUUUUCACCAUUUAACCCACCUUCCAGAAAGUUCAUGAUUAAGCUUCUGAUAGUAACUGUUGACAUUGAUGUGGUUUUCAACCAUUUUUUGCAUUAUCAUGUAUCAAAAUGAUUAUUUUAUAAAUGAGGAUUUACUAGCCUAUUUGUAUACUGGAAAACUGUUUUGAAGUUGUAAAAUAUAUAAAUAAAUACUCUGCAGUAUUGAUUUUGUUCUCAUACCUAACCUUCAAACUAGGUGUAAGUUGUAGGAUCCACAGGAGAGGAUGGGGUUCUCUUGGGUGCCUGACGAGCCGUAGACGCCACAGGAGAGGAUGGGGUUCUCUUGGGUGCCUGACGAGCAGUAGACUCCACAGGAGAGGAUGGGGUUCUCUUGGGUGCCUGACGAGCCGUAGACGCCACAGGAGAGGACAGGUGUGCCCUUGGGUGCCUGACUUACGAGGUUACUGUUUAGGAGAAUUUACCCACAUGGCUCAGCUGGCUCAUCACAAACGGGUUUUCAGUGCAAGUUUCAAGUCAGGUGGCGAGGUAGAGAAUGAGAACAUGACCAAAUAAGGUAGCGCUGCCUCUCCGAUAUGAUAAUAUUUUAGCCUUAGGGUCAGGUUUUGUCAGAAAGUAUAUGUGGGAAGAUCAACCUUUUCAACAGAAAAAUUAGGUUACCAUCGUUUUUUUUCUCUCUCAUGUAUUCCUUCACAAACCAGGACAACGUUUCAAUACUUUACCAAACAACAACAACAAAAAAAAAAAAACGUGAUUUGUUUAAUGAGUGCCUUUUGCUGUGUAAAGUAAGAUACAUUGUGGUGGAUAUGGUGUCUGCACACACCAUCUACCGUUCUCAUGAGUCACCUAUGAAUUCUUAAUCUUUGUGUUACAAAUAAAUUAUAAUACGUG